AUGUCAACCAAUUCUUCAAUUCAUUUUUCGUCAAUCAAAUGUCCAUCAUUACAAUCUACGCCGAACUCAUCUACAAAUUAUACUUCGGAUUCCAUUAAAUUAUUAUUAAAGAAUGAUAAUGAAAAUUAUAAAAUUAUUCCAAAUCAAAGUAAACGUGUUUCAGCUGCAUUCUGGAAGGAAAUGGAUAUGGGUUUUCCAGCCAAAAAAGUACAUGAUAAAGAUGAAUUUAUUGCAAUUCCUGGUUUUGUAUCAUGCUCAAAAUGCUUUGACACUUAUCGUUAUGUUGAUUCAAGCACAACUCAUAUAAAGUCUCAUAAAUGCCUUAAUUCUUUACCAUCAAAUCAAACAUCAUUGGAUGAUCAUUUUCGACCAAAAUCACUUGGACCACCAAAUGAACAACGUACAAUUCCAAUAACAAAAGCUGUUGCCAAGAGGAAAGAAGAGAUGAAGAAAGUUUGUGCUCGAUGGAUUGCACAUUCAAUGAGAUCUUUUACAAUUGUUCAAGAUCCUGGUUUUAAAGCUGUAGUUGAUGAAUGCUUGAAAAUUGGUCGAGAAUUUCGUGGUGAUACUGUAUUAUCUUCUGAUGAUAUUAUUAGUUGUGACAGAACAAUAAAAAACGAAAUAAAAAAAUUAGCUACUAAUGAACGAUUGUUACUCAAGGAUCGUUUAUUAGGAGCUUUAGAAUAUGGUGGUUUAUGUAUUAGUCCCGAUAUCUGCGAAUUUACAUUCAAAAAGAAAUCUGGUGACAACAUUAUGAAAUUAUUACGCAAAGAAUUGAUAUCUUUUGGUUUAGAAAAUUCAUUAAAUGAUAUAGUUUUUGUUACUGAUCGUGGAAGUAAUUUUGUGAAAGGAUUAGAUGGUUUUACUGUGCUGUUCUGUACUGCUCAUCGAUUAAACAAUAUUCUUAAACUUACUUUUUAUCAAAACUUUUCAAAAGAAAAAGGUUCUGAUCGAAGUAAAACAACAACAACGAUAAUCGAGCGGACAGAAAAAACACCUAACAAAACAACAACAACAAAAACUACAAUUCAAGCAUCACCUGAAAUUCAUUCUGAGGUCGAAAUAACCGAUGAUGAAGAUAAUUACGAUACGAAUGAAUCUGAAACCGAUGAUGAUAUUGAUUAUUCGUCUGUUACAAUAUCCAGUUUACCACCAUCCGCCAAAGAAAUUUUAAAUACGAUUCAUUACUGUAAAGCCUUAGUGAAAUAUACGAAAAAGUCGAACUUGAAUCGUCUCAUCCAAACCGAAAAAGAAGAAGAUUAUAGUCCAACAGCUGAUGAAAAUAAAGAUCGACAACAAUCAGUGAAGUCGACCACGCUUCAUCAAAGUUCGGUUGUGAGAUGGCUCUCUUUUUAUGAUUUAUUAUCAAGCAUUGAAAAAGCUUACCAUCCAUUAAAGAAUAUUUUAAAUGAAAAAAAAGAAUCAUCAAGAAUUGAAAAAAUUAAUAUGAGCAUUGUAGCUCAGUUAAUUAGAUUUCUCGAACCAUGGCGAUACGUUAUGAAGGAAAUACAAUUAAGUAAUUCACCAUCAUUAUUUUUGACUUUACCGUGUGUUGGAUAUCUGAAACAAGAAAUUAAAAGACUAGAAAGAACAAUGAGAGGUGGUAUGACUUUUUUUGCAAAAAGAUCUUUACAACUAUUAGAAUCGAUGUUCAAAAUCGACAAUAUGCAUGUUAUGGGAACAUUUUUACAUCCAAACUACAAACAGUUAAGAUAUGCAACACAAAUACAAAUUAUUGAUUGUUAUAAUGCGUGUCGGUCAGCAAUACCACCAUCAUCAGCUACAAUGCAUACUUAUGAUAACAAUUGUGUAAUUGAACCAUUAACAAAAAAGCCGAAGCUAUUUUUAGAGUUGUUGAUGGAUGAUGUAAAUCCAAUAACAAUACCACAAACCAAGGAUGAAAUCGAUACAUAUAUUGAUUGGCAACUUAAAUCUAAUGAAAUUUAUCAAAAUCCACUUAUAUUUUGGCAACAGAAUGAAUCAAUAUUUCCAAAUUUAUCCAAACUUGCUAGAAAAAUAUUUGCUGUUCCAUAUAAAAUGAUAUCAACAUUUGAAAGCUUACCAAAUGAAAUUCUUUUUAUUAUAUUUUGUAAUAUAACAUGGUCAGAUUUAUUAAUAUGUUUUUGGCCCUUAAAUAAACGAUUAGAUAUAUUAAUGUGUUCAGUUUUUUCAAGAAUUAACAAAAAACAAAACAAUGGUCUUGUUUUUAUUGAACCAGAUUUAUCUUUUAAAAAAUGCUAUUCAACAUUAUUACCAUUAAUUUACCAAUUAUCAUUUUCUUCUUCUAUCCGUCGAAUUCAUUUUGAUCGAACAAAUUUGAGUUCGUGUGAUUUGAUAUAUGAAUGGCUGUUUGAUAAUAAGAAAAAAACUCUUCGUUUUUCAAAUGUCAAAUCGCUUAUUCUUACUCGAUGUUUAUUAGUUAAACCUUUAAUUCAUAUUUUACCUUUUCUUAUUAAACAUCAACUUGAUGAACUUAGAUUAAUCUUUGAUAAACAUAUGAUUAAACACCUUCGAUACUCAAAUGACUUAUCAAGAAUGGAAUUUGAGGGAGAUAAUUAA